AUGAAGUUCGCUGUCGCCACCACUGCCAUCGCCCUCCUGGCGCACUCCGUCGAUGCGCACGGCUACCUCACUCAGCCGGCCGCGUACUUCCCCUACGGCAUCAACACCAAGUACAACGCCAUCAUGACCGAGUCUUGUGACCCUGCGUUCGCUGGGCUCAAGUGGAACGACAACCCAGAGGCCAACACCGCCAUGUUCACCAAGUCGUUCCCCAACUCGCAGUUCAAGACGCUGCGGGCCAUGAUGGACACCGCCGCCUCGGACUGCGGCAACACCGCGCUGACCGGCUCGCCCGUGGACGUGAGCUCGCUGAGCUCCAUGAAGUGGCAGAACGACCAGGAGCAGAUGGGCUUCAUCGACUCGCACCACGGCCCAUGCGAGGCCUGGAUCGACGACACGCGCGUCUUCCACUCGGACGACUGCCGCGCCGCCUACACGUCGUACCCGGCCGAGAUCCCCAUCGACUACUCGGCCUGCAGCGGGGACUGCACCUUCACCUUCUACUGGCUGGCGCUGCACGAGCCCAACUGGCAGGUCUACAAGCAGUGCGCACCGAUCGUCAACGGAAGCGGCGGUGCAAGCACGGCGCAGAGCCCCGUGGCCACGACAGCGGCUUCUGCUGUCACGCAAAACGUUGUGGCCACGGUUGCGCCGGCCCAAACGGAUGCAUCCACCGCUAGCGAGUACACCUCACCCCCCGCCACCACGACUGCUGCUACCUCGGCUUAUACGACCACCCCGAGCACGGAGAGCCCCGUGACGACGACCACCUCGAACUGCAAGGCUCGUCGUCGCCGCCGGAUGACCGCCAACCUGCGCUCGGAGAACUAG